GGACAGUCGGAUGAGCGGAGCCAGUGGAGCAGGGAUCGUCCACAGAGGAGCAGGACCGAGUCUGGAGGAGGAAGAAGAAGAAGACAACAACACACCUCCUCUCCUUGGAGAAGCACCUGUGCACAUCUGACCUGAAAGCUGCAGAGACGGCGCUCCCUCCCCGGCCGCCUCCUUGAGAAGUGUGGGGUUGUGUCGGUUUAGUGCUUGAAGUGCGAUGGAGAAGUACGAGAAGAUCGGGAAGAUCGGCGAGGGCUCGUACGGCGUCGUCUUCAAGUGCAGGAACAAGGACACGGGGCAGAUCGUCGCCAUCAAGAAGUUCGUGGAGUCCGAGGACGAUCCCAUCAUCAGAAAGAUUGCUCUGAGGGAGAUCAGGAUGCUCAAGCAACUGAAACACGCCAACCUGGUGAAUCUGAUCGAGGUGUUUCGACGCAAGCGGAAGCUUCACCUGGUGUUCGAGUACUGUGAUCACACCGUGCUCAACGAGCUGGACCGACAUCCCAGAGGUGUCCCCGAGCACCUCGUGAAGAGUAUAACCUGGCAGACGCUGCAGGCCGUCAACUUCUGCCACAAACAGAACUGCAUCCACAGAGACGUGAAGCCGGAGAACAUCCUCAUCACCAAACACCAGGUCAUCAAACUCUGCGACUUUGGGUUUGCCAGGAUUCUCACGGGUCCAUGCGACUACUACACGGACUACGUGGCGACUCGCUGGUACCGGGCCCCCGAGCUGCUGGUGGGCGACACGCAGUACGGCCCCCCGGUGGACGUGUGGGCCAUCGGCUGCGUGUUCGCCGAGCUCCUGUCCGGGAUCCCUCUGUGGCCCGGCAAGUCCGACAUGGACCAACUGUACCUGAUCAGAAAGACUCUCGGAGAUCUGAUCCCUCGACACCAGCAGGUUUUCAGCAACAACCAGUUCUUCAGUGGCGUUUCCAUCCCGGAGCCACAAGAGAUGGAUCCGUUGGAGCAGAAAUAUCCGAACCUCUCACAGCAAGCUCUGAGUCUCAUGAAGGGUUGCCUGAGGAUGGACCCGUCCGAGCGGCUCACCUGCGAGCAGCUCCUCCUGCAUCCGUACUUCGACAGCCUGCGGGAAAAAAGCGGCAGCACGUCCCGCGAUCAGGACCGCGCCGGCAACAAGAGGACGCGCUUACCCCGCAAACACCUUCCCCCCGGGUAUUUGCCUCAGCUGACCGGCAGCAGCAUCUUCCCGGCCCUGGACAAUAAGAAGUACUACAACAACCUGCGCAGGUUCAACUAUCACCUACCGAACAUCUAAACACCCCGAUCCCAACUCAAGAUUUGAUCUUCUUGCAUCUGAUCUGCAUUUUCUGGACAAACUCAGGAAAUGGAGAUAACUCUGGCAGCACCUCGGUUCUUAAAAGCAUUCAACCACUUCAAAAAAAAAAAAGGUUUUCUUUCACACACGAGGUUUGUCUUGGUAGUAUAUC